CUUCCGUUGUCGGAUUCCAGGGUCAGGCAGCCGUCAAAACUUUGUCCGCUUUCAGACAAACUUGACGGAGAUAAACUCAAAGCCCGAGCUGGACUCGAUCGCUCCGCCUCUGUGAGUUUUUCGACUUUUUGUUGUUUUGUCCGCCGCGGCUGCAUUUUUACGCACAUCUGUUGCGCCUCGGUCAGAUGAGGAGAAGUGACUCGUCAGCGCAGCGCGAUCUGACUCAUGCGGGGUUUCAACACGUUUCCAAACGGGUUCAAGCACUUUUCUUCCGCUCCAUACUGACUCACCGGCAGACACACACACUCAUCAUCCGGCCAGACGAGCCGCCCGCCCCGCUGUGUGUUUGAGCCCCGCGGCUGGAGCAGCCAAGCCAGGCCGCCUCCGCCGCCACCAGCCCCGGCCCCGCAGCAGAGCCCCGGCCGGCCCCCACCAGCUGCAGCCCCGCAGGCGGUGACCCGGCCCCCCCUUGUCAGGUGAGAGGCGUGGCGCAGGGCGGGGGAGCUUUGUUCCAGCCACACCUGCGCGAGAGCGAGAAACCGGAGCCGCGUGCGCCCUGUCGGAGCUCUGCUUGCCCCAGAUGGACGCGCUCCCGUCCGGACGGACGUGCUCCCCAGCCCGGGCUCCCGGCUCGGCCUGAACCGUGAUGACCGUCCGCCCCGCUCCGCUCUUUGACUCUUCUUCAGAGGGGGGACCGGGACAGAGCUGAACCAACUCUUUCGUUGCCCCGAGGGCAGAUUGGGGCCAUGGCGCUGUCUCAGAUCCAGUGUCUGGACGACCACCACGUCAACUGGCGCGUGAGCGAGAGCAAGCCGGAGUUCUUCUACAGCGAGGACCAGCGGCUCGCGCUCGAGGAGCUCAUCGCCAAGGGCCGCGAGGCCCUGGCGGAAUACGUCUGCAAGCACGGCAUCCGCGAGUUUCUGUCCGAGCCGGAGGUGGAGCGCAUCGUGCGCACGGCGGAAGCCUACCGACCCGGGCAUGAGCACCACCAGAAGCCCGAGACCCCGACCACCCCGGGGACCCCGGGGGCCCCGGGGGCCGGGGAGGAGGCGGAGGACGGGGAGGUGUCGCUGGAGUACUGGCCGGACCGAUCCGAGGCCUCCGUGGCGGAGCUGGAUCUGGGCUGGCCCGAGGCCAUCAACUACCGAGGGGUCACGCGCGUGAGCGUGUACACGCAGCCUCCCCUGGAGACGCAGACGCACAUCAAGGAGGUGGUGCGCAAGAGCAUUGCCUCAGCUCAGAAGGUGAUAGCCGUGGUGAUGGAUGCGUUCACGGACGUGGAUAUCUUCCGAGAUUUGUUGGAUGCAGCCUACAGACGCAGAAUCCCUGUGUACAUAAUCCUGGACAUGGCGGCAGUCCCCUCCUUUCUCACCAUGUGUGGCAGAGCUGAUAUGCACCGGGGACACCUAAAGAAUCUGCGUGUUCGCUGCUGUGGAGGAGUGGAGUUCUACACUCGGUCGGCUCAGAAGGUGCGAGGAUCUUUGAGCCAGAAGUUUCUGCUGGUAGAUGGAGACAGAGCCAUCUCUGGGUCAUACAGUUUCACCUGGUCUUCAUCCCGUCUGGACCGGAAUCUGAUCACCGUGAUCACAGGACAGGCGGUGGAGACCUUUGACCUGCAGUUCCGUGAGCUGUAUCUCAUGUCCAGAGGAGUGUCUCUGAGCAAGGUCCCCAUGGUGGAUGAACCCAUCCCCGACCCGCUCCCUCAGGUCGCCCCUGCGCCUGUACCAGCCUCCGUUGCCCGGAAGCUCGUCAAUCCAAAAUAUGCUCUUGUUGCCACGGGAACCCACAUAAGUCCCACCUCCUCCGACCAGAACUCGAGCAACAAGAACUCCCAGAAUCCCACCGGGCUGAAAGUGAUGAAGCGCAUCAAGGAGGUGGUCGAAGCGCCACCGAUACACCCGGGACUGGUCGGUAUGGAGAAGGCGUAUCUGAUCCCGUACCUGCCCACCUGGCCGGAGCCGGACCCGCCGAGCGACGUCAUCGGCUUCAUCAACAUCAGGGAUGAGAAGCGGGCUCAUCAGGUCCACUUACAGAGGUCGGAGAGGUUCGAGGUCAGUCAGGCCAUUCGCUUCAGCGCGCCGCUGCUGAAGCCUCAGACCGAGGAAUCCGCCUCGAGUAAGAACGCGAAAGCAGAAGCAAAGAAUCCUUCAGGGACGACAAGCCCCAAAGCGCCUUCCCCCGUGAGUCCAACUAGCAAACCCAUUAAUCAGCAGAUGGCAGUGGUAGACGCUCCUCAGCAGCCCAGCGCCCCCCCGGCACAGGAAGCACACCCCUCCAAACCGCCAACCAAAGUGAGCGCCGAGUCUUUGCCAGCAGGACAAGAAAAGACACAAACUGACGAGACGGAAGCGGCAGCGCCGCCUGUGCCGAAACGCCGCACGCUUCAGUUAGUGAUAGACCCAGAAACCUCAGACCAUGUCAGCGUGGUCAAGAUGGACCAAGUGGAGAGCCUGGAGGAUUCGUUUGAUAGAAGGAGGGCGCAGAAGAACGCGCCGUUGGUCCACGGCCGCCUCACGUCGAGGGACGACGCAGGGGACUCCGGCAGCAACGGCGACGACAGCCAAGACAGCACCAAGGUCAUAUGUGACCGGGCAGUGAACGACGACCCCUCAAGCGCCUCCACGGCCUCGGACGACGAGUUUUACGACUGCUCGCCGACGGACCAGAUCAGCCCGCUGACCAACGGGUUGAACUCGGGCUCGGGCCAGGGCCACCGUCAGGGCGACGGCGGGUUCAACAUGAUGGCGCGUUUCUCUCAGAGCAUGCUGGACCUGAGGGAGCCCAGCCAGCGGGAGGACAGCGCCGCCCUCAUUCGGCAGUCCCAGCAGCUCCGCAGACAGGGAUACCCCUCCCCUCACAGGCACAUCGGACAGUUGUUUCAGAGCUCCAGAUCUCCGGCUCGUGACGGGAGGCCGAGAGGAAACAAAGUUGUCAUUGCCAAACCAGGAAGUUUUCACCGGCCCGCUCGAGCCGCCGCCGCCAUCAUCGGAGGACACCGUUACUGGCAGAGCCAGACGAUGCAGCCGGACGCAGCCCGGCGUGCGGAGACCCGCCCCGGACGGUCGCCGCGGCGACAGAGUCCAGGCAACAAGAAGAUGGAGCGCCCGUCACAGCAGCCGGCAGUCACGUCGACGGGGAUACUCGGAGUGUCUCUUUCAAAACUCGGCAGUUUUAGAAACUUGAGAUCGCGCGGAGGAGCAUCGCCAAAGAAAGCGACUCAGAACAACAAGCCUGCCCGGUGAAUCCGGAGGCCAGCUCCGGUACAAGGAGACGUUUGCUGACAGACUUGUUGGUCAGAAAGUUGUGGCAAAACUUUCUUCCCGAUUUGAGAAACCCUUCAGUGCCUCAAACAUGAACUACUUGACGGGGGAUUUUUUUUUUUACUGAUUUGCUGGGUUUUUUUCUUUCGGAAGUGCCUGGACCAUGAGGGACUAUAGCAGCAGGUACUGGUGGGUCUGUGAGGAAAUCAGUCCAUGUUUGAACAGGGUAUGUUGUUCAUAAGGAACGCGGGUGGUAUUUUAUUGAUGAUCAGUCUCAACAGAUGGUAUUUGUUCAGCUGUGAUAUUCUUCUUUGCCAACUUAAGCGACUUCAGCCUUGUACGCAAUCCUUGAACAAAUAUUUCUGAAUGACCUCAACCGCUUUGCCUCUUCUUAGUGUCGUGCUGUGAUUCUUGUUCACAUCCUGCCUAUACAUCUGUGACUUGUUGGCAUACUUCACAUUAAGUCUACCACACUGAUAUAAGUUGGAUUUUAGAGUUGGUGCCUCUGUGAUUGGUUUGUGAUGGUGAAAGGAAAAAGUUAUCAUGUUGAUUUGUUUUUUAAUGUUCGUCGGCUGUCGCUAAUUACCGGUGCAAAUGUAAAACACGCAAUGACGUGGGACCAAAACUGAAUGUUGUAAAUAAAGAGACAAUUUGACGCGGAA